AGGCAUUUGCUGAGAAACAACAUGAACAAGACCCAAAAGGGAAAGCCCUUUCUUUCCCACCGUUUCUACCAGUCACUCCCACCACGGCUGGGAUGGGGCAUGGUUUUCUGCUACUUCGAGCAGAGAGGCAAGGAAGAGUGUGCCUCCAUCUCCAGUGUGCCUCCAACCUUCCACUUCAACCCGCAACACUGCAUGCAUCUCAAAAACCAGUAUUUGAAAAAGGCUGCUGCAAACCUUACCUUUUCACAGGAGGUGGUGUGGCAACGUGGACUGCCGAGUAUUCCUUAUAGCCAGUAUAACUUUGACCACCUCUAUAAUACAAACGACAUCAUCCAGCCUCCCAAGAUCAGGAAGGCCCAACCUGAGAAACCUGUCAGCGUCAAGUUCUUGAAUUCCUCAGGUUCCUCAGCAGUCACCUCCCAACCGAUGAAGACAGAAGGCUCUGCCAAUCUUAAAAAGAAGCAGAAGAUAUCAAAACCAGCAAGAGCAGUUCAGGAAACAUCUCGCCCUCGCAUCCUUCGUCCUUGUAGGGACCCAGAUAUGCUGGGUCUGCCACUUUCUCCAGAUGUGAACCUGGAGGAGAGGGAGGCCUGGCUUCCACCUCCUGAGAAGGAGGCCAGAGCCUGGGAGGCCACUGUGCUGGGAAAGCUGAACAAGCACACAGCCCGGUGGAUCCAGAACAAGCGCCCUCUAAGGCCUGGUGUAUCCCCCAACAAGUGGCAGAACUUCCUGCGCCAGCAGUAUGACUGGAGCCACAUCCGGGAUGAGCUCACCUCCACCAGUGACCAGGAGCUCCUGAAACUUCUGGAGGUGGAAGAGACAGUGGAAUCUGAGGCUCAAAGUAUUACUCUGCCACUAGAAGAGAAAAAGAAACCAGAGUUGCUGCUUCCUGUUUACUACAGAUUGCCCAAUUACUUGCCACAAGUGCAGACAGUUGAAAUAGUGCCCAGCAACAAUAAAACCACUGAAGAUAUCAAUGCAAAGAGGCACAACUACCAGACCCAAAAUGAGAGCUCCUUCCGACAGGCGAAUCCCCAAGCUGGAGAGUUUGCUUACUCCAUGGACAACACCUUUGAACAGGAGAUUUACUUUGACAAAGUUCAGAUCAUUCACCAGACUGGUGCAAAAGAAGACCAAAUUUUCCUGGAAAACCUCAAUCGGUAUAAUAAGCAGCUGUCUAAAGUCUUCCCUGAAACCCCGGAAAGAUGGAGCUCCCAGUCAAUUCCUGAAGCACCCUGUAGGCCCAUGAAAGGAGCUUUACGCUGGACUGCUUUGCCCACCCGGGUCAAGGAUCUGCUGCUGCAAGUGGGUGAGGAAAAAGUGCCCAUUAAGACCAGGAGACAGAAGAAACAGGCAAAACCACUGAAGGAGAAUGUGACGUGGGAACUGGUGGUCUUGCGGAAGAUGCUGCAGGAAUGGAAGACUGCCUGGGCUCUGAUCAUCGAGUGGCACCAUGAGACAGUAGAAGGUCUACUGCAGAGGUUGGCGGACAUGCAUGAUGACAUUCGGAUCCAUGCCAUUAUCACAUGUGCUACAGCUGCUUUGGAACGACCUCGUAUUGCCCCCAGCCAAGAAGACUCAGAUGUGGAGACUGUGGAAACUCCAUCUAUCCAGGACUUGCCAGAGGCUCUACAGCCUGCCUUGGAGGCUGCUCUUUGUGACAAGAAUGUCCACGUGCGGAUGGCAGCAGCGGUAUGCCAAUAUGCCACACAAUCACAUAAUCCCCUUGCCCGGGACAUCAUGCAGAUUGCCCUGCUGAAGGGUAAUAGUGUGGACAGCUGGGCUGCAGCUCAAUGUUUGGCUCUGGAAGGUGAUGCCACUUACCCUGUGAUUAAGACGAUACUCAAUCAGCUGUUUAGUAAGAAGGACAAGGACACUGAAGACCAGUCUUGUAUCCUCCUGAGCCAUCUCAGCAAGAAAACAACCCUGAUACAUACCAUGCUUGCUGUGGAGCUGAAUAGCCAUGAAUGGAAGGACCGGAUUAUGGCUUGCCAGGCCCUCUCCCGAAUCAAUGGAAAUGUCAGUUUGGAUAUAAAACAUAAGUUGAUUGAGCUGAUGUGGAAUGACUGGAAUAAGGAAGUGAGACAAGCAGCUACGCAAGCUCUGGGGCAAAUGAGCCUUGGUAAAGAGUUGCAUGACAAGAUCAGAGUCAAGCUGGGUCAAGGAAAUUCCCAGGAGCGUGUAGAAGCUCUCUCCCUGAUUGGCGGGCUCAAGCUCAUGACUGCCAAGCUUCUCCCAGGUUUCCUGAAUUGCUUCUCGGAUGACUUUGCAGCAGUAAGGCAGGCAGCUUGUUUGGCAGCUGGUGCCCUGCAGAUCCAUGACAAGAUGGUGCAUGAAUGCCUCCUGAAUCUGAUGCAGAGAGAUCCUUACUGGAAAAUCAAGGCCCUUGCCAUUCGAGCUCUGGGACAGAUUGGCCAAGUGAGUCCCCAGCUGACAGAUCUCCUGCUCUGGGCUAUCCACUAUGAAGAAUCACCAGGUGUACGACUGGAAGCUUGCCGUAGCAUCCUAGCCCUCAAACUUCAAGGGGACCAAGUCAGGGACACUUUACUAAAUGUUCUACUCCUGGAGAACCAUGAUGCUGUUUUAAAGGAAAUUUACCAGGCAAUGAAGAUACUCAACUUAGAAAAUGAAGGAAACCAAGAAAUGCUUCAGGAGAUCAAGAACAGGAUUAGUACGUUAAGCCAGAAGGACUUGCUGACACAGAAAAUACUCAAAAUUGAGGCGAUCAUGGGAAAACUGAAGGAAGAAGCAAAACGUGUUUAUUUGCAACCCAAAGAGGGACAGAAACCAUUGGAACUCUGUACUCUUCUCCAAGAAACUUUUCAGGAUGAAGUUGUUGUUCCUAGAAGACCAUCUGAGGCUUGUGACAUUGAAGCAGUCAUACAGCCUGUGAGACCCCACACGCCAAAUCCGUGGUCACAGAGUCUGGUCCUUGGCCUGAAUGCGAGAAGCAGAAGUCACUCAUCACUUGUCAAAGAUCUCCGCACUGCCUGGGAAAAGAAGAUUGCAAUGGGACCAUUUGGGUCUCUUGACAACUCAGCUCACUAGCUGGGUAAAUGCUCAGAAGAUUUUUCCUCUUCCCCUAGAAGAAAAGGUACUCGUCUCUAGGCUGAGCUCUUUACUUGCUUCAAGGCACAGGCAGCAGUGGA